AAAAUACUGUUUGCAAAGAUUUUUACAAAAUGGGGGGCGUAAGGGGCCGAAGCAGGUCCACGAAUCCAGGCUGACGGGAAUGUAUUGGUCAGCUGCACUGGGCAGCGAUCGGUUCGGCUCAGGCCUGGUUCAUAACGGGACCUCCAGUCAUAGCGUUUAGAGAGCGGAGCCACCGUGAUGAUGAUGAACGAGCUGGAUUAUCUUCAUCAAAACAACAUAGAAAUGCUGUCUUUACAAGACAGACCCGAGAUGAAACGUCUCGGUGUCCAUCAGCCACAGAGUUCUGCGGUUUCGACCCAGGCAGCUGGUGUUCAAACGUCUUUUUCGAUUAAAGAAGAAGGUCCUUGGAGUCCGACAUCUAACCAACACCCCCUUCGCAUCAAGGAGGAAGAGGAAGACCAAUGGAUCUGUCAGGAUGGCGGGUAUCUUCACGCCUGGGGUGAGACUGAACCCUGCAGACUUCCAUUAACUGUUAUCGUGAAGACUGAAGAGGAUGUAGAGGAACCUCACUCCUCUCAGCCUAAAAGCCAGAAAGCCUGUGACCCCAAAGAGUCAGAGCGUCCCACCAGUAGUUCAUUUAAGUGGGUCAAAACAGAAAAUGAUGGAGAGGAUGGUGGACAGCUGGAACUGAUCAGAAAAACACAAGCAAACACGGAUGAGGACGAGRACUCCUCUGCGACUGAUGAUGCUGAUGACGAUGAAGAAGAGUGGCAGGACCCUUUGUCAGAGACUGACAAUGGUUGGCAGAAAAGCCGAGCAGCUGAAUCAGCCGGGUGUAGCUCGGUGAAGAAACCCUUCAGCUGCUCAGAGUGUGGCAAACAGUUUCUGUAUAAACAGUCUCUGAAGAGACACAUGAGACGGAACACAGAAAAAGCGUCUUCCACCUGCCCAGGUAAUCAGAAGUGUUCCAGAGCCAAGAAAGAUGCUGACUCUCAGACUAAAGCCCACACAGGGAGGAAGAAUUUCAGCUGUGACGAUUGCGGGAAAUCAUUUCGAGAUAUGUUCAGUCUCAAGUCUCACAUGAGAGUCCACUCCGAGGAGAAACCGUUUAGCUGUGAAAGCUGUGGUAAGAGCUUCAAGCAUGAGCACAACGUAAAGAUCCACAUGAGAAUUCACACCGGCGAGAUGCCGUUUAGCUGCGAAGUUUGUAGUAAACGGUUUAAGCAUCAGCACAACCUGAAAACCCACAUGAGAAUCCACACAGGAGAGAAACCUUUUGUUUGCGAUAUUUGUGGUAAAAGAGCACGGCACCAGAACAAUCUGAAGACGCACAUGAUCGUCCACGGAGGGGAGCAGCCUUUUGGCUGUGAUCUCUGCGGUAAGAGGUUUAAUCGUAAGACAAGUCUUAGGGCGCACAUGACGGUCCACACGGGYGAAAAACCGUUCGCUUGCGACGUUUGCGGUAAAAGUUAUAAGCGAAAAACGCACCUCAGGACCCACAUGACGGUCCACACGGAGGAAAAGCCGUUCGGCUGCGAGGUCUGUGGCAAAAGGUUUAAUCGUAAAACGCACCUCAGUACUCACAUGGCGGUUCACACUGGAGAAAAACCUCACAGCUGCGAUUUUUGUGGCAAAAGGUUCACCCGCAAAACGCAUCUGGAUUCGCACAUCACCGUUCACACGGGCGAGAAGCCAUUUGGUUGUGGCGUUUGUGGUCAGGAGUUCACCCAGCAGGGAAGUUUAAACCGACACAUGAAAUUCCACUUAGGCUAGAAGCUCUUUUCCAGCUUCAGCUGAAGAGAAGAAYAAACGUGGAGGAAAAAUCCCAAAGCAAAGGCUUUUACCCACAUACUAAAGAYGACACACUUUUUAUUUUUAAUUCCUCCUCAGUUUGAGUUUCGAUGAAGUGAAAAUAGGUUGAAGCACCAAAGAUUUUAUUUUACAUCCAUUUGUUUUUCGGUGCUUGCUCACCCAUAUUAACAUUUCAUGUUCUCACCAUUUAUGAGAUAUUUGGGUUUAAAUGGGCUGUUUUGAAAAGCAACUUAAACCCAAUAAUAAGAGAGGUUUAUGGCUCUUUGAAAAUGAGACAAAUAUUUAACUUUAAAAAAAUAAUUAUGGUAAAUUACAAAAUCGUAUGAUUGUUGUAUGAAGGAGAUUUAAAGUUUACUUAAUGACCACCAGCACACUUUUUUAGAAAAAUCAGACAAAAAAUAAAAAAUUGUUGAAUUUAGGUUGGUUGAGUUUGAACAGCUGAAUGAGUCAGCCAGAGCUGGAAGAUUUUUCAUUUAUAUUUUAUUUCAGUCUUCAGCAUUUCUUAGUUUUUUUUGAUUAAUCACAAGUUCAAACACUAAUUAAGUCUUGUAAAUUGAGAAAAUGUUGUAAAAUGAUUAAUUAAUGACCAGAUGACUGUUUAACGGACCUGAUUUCACACUAAAUCUGUGCACUUUCUUUGUAUUUGUAUUCAUGAGCUCAUAUUUUUCACAUAUCUUUGAAUAUUCAUUAAAAAAAGAUUGUUGGAAACGUGUUCAAUAUGAAUACAAUUGUAACUUAAUUUAAAUAAAAGUUUUUUUCCCCCAACAUUA